UUUCUACCGAGUUUAGUUUAAAGCGAAAAGGCGACUAAGAAAGUAGAAUUACUCCGUGAAAAAUAUAGAACCCAAUAUGUAUACCAAAGCUAUAAUUGCCGGCAUUUUAGUGGCCUUUGUCUGUGUACAAUUGGCUGAUUCUCUGGUGUGUUACACCUGCGUAACGCCCAAGGAUUGCAAGAGUCCGAAGAAAGUAACCUGCUCCAAUGCGGCUGCCAAUGAGACUAGUUAUUACUUGGCAGUUUAUCAUCAGGGAGUGCAGAACCUAACCAGCACUCGAUUUGACUGCCUGGCUCUUAAGUACACUUGGAACAACGAUACUACCCAUCAGCUGCAUGGCUGCAUUCAUCCCAAUGUUGGGGCCUGUAGUUUGAGCCUAAAGCCGGCUUAUUCCCAUUAUAAUAGGUCCAGCUGCAACAUCUGUUCGGGGGAUAAGUGCAACAAGAAUCCAGCUGGAAAAAUGAGCAGCAGCACCUUGACCAUUACUGCUGGUAUUUUGGGUCUCUUGCUGGCCAAGAUCUUCGCCUAGUGCGCGACUGUUAAUAUAGAUGAGCUACGAACAUCACU